UUUGUUAAUUUUCCUGAUUGAGUCGCUGAAAUCUGAUUCUGAGUUGCUGAUUUUUCUGUUUUUGUUCAUUUUUGCUUAUUUUGUUAAAAUUUGAUGGAUGAUGGUUGACGCUGUUUUGUUAAAUUUUCUAAUAAUUUUGUUACUCUUGAGUUGCUGAUUUCCUGAAAUAAUUUUGUGGUCUGAGUUGGGAUUGUUGCUGAUGGGAUUCUGAAUUUAGUUUGGAUGUAUUCUUUGCUUAGUUUUCUGUUUUUGGAUUCUCUGGCUUUGGAUGCUGAGAAGCUUUUGGAUUAUGAGUUUUUGUUGAAUACUUGAUUAGUAUUGAGGAUACAAAUGUAAUAGAACAAGAUUCGUUUCAAGAAAGAGUGAAAGAAGAGCACUUAGACUCUUGAUUAGUUAGUUAUGCUGCUUCAGGUCAAUAACUUCCAUAUAUAUAGUGCGGACCUUGUAUUUGGAAGUGUGAUUCAGUUUUUAGUUCAAAAUAAUAUGAUCGUCUGUAUUGAUUCUCAAUAAUUAUGUUCUCAAUUCUAAGUCUUUGAAUUCAUUUUUUUGUUUCUUAUAUCACAAGAAUUCCUCUCUUGGAGUGCUUAUCUUGAUUGUCAAGCAAUUGAGCUUGAUUAGUACUUAAUUUUUAGAAAUUCUAAAAGUUAAAAACUUUACUUGGAAUGUAACAGUGGAUCUGGAGUCCGGAACUAGAACUUGCGCUCCAAUAUUCAAGCCAUCUCUAAACCCUAAUCUACCAAAUCAAUCUCAGUUUAUUCCCAAUAAUCGAAAAUCUUUCACAUAAAACCCAAUGGCGAAUUGUAUUAGUAGUUAAGUACCGUUUUUCAAGUUCAACAAUGGAUGUGAAGUCGUUAGCAAAAUCAAAGCGAGCUCACACACAGCACCAUACCAAAAAGCCUCACCAUAAGCACAAAACCCCAACACCAUCACAAUCAUCUCCGUCUUCAUCUUCUGAUGUCUCAAACGACGUCAUUGGAUCCAGAAAGAAGCAACUGAACCAGAAAGGAACCACUGUGAAUCGCAAUUCUAGCUCUCGUGCUUCUUCUACACUCCCGAACAAUUGGGAUCGAUACUAUGACGAAGAUGAAGAAAUCGAUUCUGUGAUUGCUGAAGGUGCGACCAAAGUACCUAACGAUGGUGCUGUUUUACUGAAAAGUAAAGGUGCGGAUUUUAGGCACCUUGUUGAUGAGGCUCGGUCUCAAGCAGAUGCAAGCUUGGAGGGUUUGCCUUCUCUGGAUGAUACUCUUCCUGGUGAGUUCAAUGUGGGAUUAGGGUCUAUGCUUGCAGUUAGGGGAGAGGGAUUUGUCUCAUGGAUUGGAGAUGAUAAUUUUGUGGUAGAGGAAAAACCAGGUGCAUAUCAGGAGGCAUCAUUUAUUUCGCUGAACUUGCAUGCUCUAGCUGAAAAUCUUGCAAAAGUUGAAUUGUCAAAGAGAUUAUUCAUUGAGCCUGACCUGUUACCCACUGAACUGAGCAUGGAAGGAUUGUCAGAAGGAAGCAAUGAAGAAAAUUAUAAACUGGAAAGUACAGGGGACAGUGAACUAGGCAAUCUUAUAUCCAAAGAAGUAAAUUCGGAUGUUUUAGCUAUAGAUCAGUUUACAUCAUCUACUCCCUAUGGCAGCAGCCAUGCUGCAUGUACUUUUUCCGCUGACUUUCCACUUUCUGUGAACCACAUCGAUAUUCAAUUUCAACAGGUUGAUAGUUCUCAUGAAAGUAAAGCAUCUUUUCCAAGUGUGGAAGCUAAUUUACUUCCUGCUGAAGAUACAAGACGCAAGCACUCAACAUUUGAGGCAGCUGAUGCAGAAAAGGAACUCGACAUGCUUCUAGAUUCGCUUAGUGAAACCAAGAUUCUAGAUACGCAAGGUUAUAAACCUAAUACCCCAUCUGUUUCAUUGGGGGCCUUUAAGGUGGAUCCUCCUGGUAUUUCAAAAAGGGAGUCAGUUGCUCCAAAAACUGCAUCAAGUAGUGCGAGUUUAGAUGAUGUACUUGAUGACUUGCUAGAGGAAACAUCUACUUUGACAAAUUCAAAUGUUUUAGUAAGGCCACAGGAAGAAAAGUCUGUUCUCCAGAGUGUACAAUCUUCACAUUCUGAAAGCAAGUCUAAAGUAACAGAUGAUUUUGAUUCAUGGUUUGGUACACUUUGAUUAUCCAUGGUGAAUGAAAAGUGAUCCUUUUUACUUA